AUGGAAUACAGAUACCUUGGAAAUUCAGGACUUAAGGUAUCAGUCUUCGCCUACGGUAACUGGCUCACCUCAAACAAGCCAGAGGACUAUACACUUGCCAAAGACACCAUUAAGAUAUGCUUCGACAACGGCGUAAACUUCUUCGAUACUGCUGAGAUCUACGGAGAUGGUUCAGCUGAACAGCAAAUGGGUCAAGCCUUCAAGGAUCUUAACCUAAAGAGAGAAGAUCUUGUUAUCUCAACCAAAAUUUUCAGAUGUGGCACUGGUGCCAAUGAUACUUUCCUCUCAAGAAAGCACAUCAUUGAAGGAACCAAAAACUCACUUAAGAGACUUUAAGUUGAAUACGUAGAUGUCCUUUACUGCCACAGACCAGAUUAUGAAACACCACUUGAGGAGACUGUUAAAGCAAUGAGCUAUGUCAUCGAUCAAGGCUGGGCCUUCUACUGGGGUACCUCUGAGUGGCCUGCUGACAGAAUUGCCAAAGCUGUUGAAAUUGCUGAGAGAUUGAGACUUCAUAAGCCAAUUGUUGAGCAACCAUAGUACAGCAUGCUUGCCAGAGACAAGGUUGAGAAGGAAUAUAGAAGACUUUAUUCUGAGUACAAACACGGCACUACCAUCUGGUCUCCACUUGCUGGAGGUAUUCUUUCUGGAAAGUACAACGAUGGAAACAUCCCAACUGGAAGCAGAUACGACACUCAAAAGCAAUUAGAUACUAUCUGGCAAAGAUGGAUGGGAGAAAAGUCUAGAGAGUCCACUCUUCAAAAGCUGAAUGCUCUUGGAGAUUUAGCAAAGGAGCUCGGCUAUACCUAAGCUCAACUUUCCCUCGCUUGGGCUAUCUCAAAUACUGAUAUUAGUACUUGCAUUCUCGGAUUCUCAAGAGUAGAAUAAGUUUUAGAGAAUCUUAAGGCUCUUGAGCUUUAUCAAAAAUGGACUCAGGAUAUCGAAAAUAAGAUCAAUGCCAUCUUAGCAAACAACCCAGAAGUUGAUAUGGACUGGAGAAGAUGGGCACCAAUGGCAUUCAGAAGAGCAGAAACUGUUAAACCAAAACACUGA